CAGACUUUCACUGUCAUUCACACACCUGAGGAAGAGACAGUCUGAGGACGGCCACACUCUUAGAAAACCACAAGAUGUCAGGACCGAAACAGACAGUAACCGCCUUCUCCACCACUCUGGUUGCAACGUUGCUCAUCCUCUCCACUGUGGCUCAGUCAGCAGAACCUUCAGACAACCUUCAACCAACACAACGGACACUCAGCCUGGACCUUGCAGAGCCCACGAACACUGCACUACCUGUAAAUGGCAGUGGUGUGGAGGAGCCUCGUGUUCUCAGGACGGCAAAACCCUGUAAAGACGAAGAUGCUGACUACUGCCUGAACGGACAGUGCAUGUACCCACCUGACAGCGAUACCCCUGCCUGCACGUGUGACGUGUCCUAUAGCGGCCCUCGCUGUGGUCUGUUGACUCACCAGGCGACGCAGUGCAAGUUUGCCGUAGCAGAGGAGGUGAUUGGCAUCUGUGUGGGCGUGGCCUUGCUCGUCUGCUGCCUCGCUGUCGUUCUCUACUGCUGCAUCAAGAGAAGGUGUGAAAAAAAAUAUCUCCCCUAUAAGACCUACGGUGGCUCGGAGAACUCAGUUUAGUUUGAUCCCUCUGUCUCUUAUUCAUCACCAUCAUCAUCAUCACCAUCAUCACAAUAUCUUCCCAUAACAAAUUAAGGCUAUUUAUUGAAAUAUCUAAAAAAUAAGUUAUAUAUUUUUUUUAAUGUUAACAUGUAUUUCAUAUUUUUUUGUAAUAAAUGUUUUUAAAUCGAAUAACUAUUGUUUGAAGAUGUUGUUGAAUGUUCUAUACAGAAGUCAACGUCCUUAUGGUCAUUUUAACACCAUGGUUAGCGCUACACGCCCUGUGUUAACUUGUUACCUCAUUUCACCACUAGAGGUCAGAGUUUUCUUGUUCUGAUAUUCCAUCCUAUUGAAAAGUUUCCUAAAACAGCCGGGACACGAACAGGUCACAAUGAAAGGAAAUCAAGUCUUAUGUCACAGAUGGCAACUUAUUCCCUAUAGAAGAUCUGUUGCUAACAAGCACCCUUUGUCCUGGUUGUGUCCACAUCCUGAUUGUGCUCAGAUCGUCCUGACCAUCACUGCAUUGUGUCUGGUGUAAAGAGAUCUGGAUGGUCAAACCAUGUCAAUCAUUGACAGGCAGAACCAUUGACUUGGCAUCAGUUAAUUGUCUUAAAAUAAGUCAAAAUCCAUAUUAUUUUUGAAAGAAUAUCUGUCAAAUAAUUUGCAUAGUCGUGUGAAUUCGGGGAAGAGUGGGACAUUAUAAACUAGGACAGCUUAAUGCUGACGACUUUAUUUCUUGGUCUGAGGAGAGAAAAUCUGAACUAUCUUCACUAAAACGUUGUUUUUUUUCUGUUUUAAUGUUGAGGUUAUAAAACGGUCAUAAAUGAGGCACAGCGCCACAAUUCUGAUGUAAAUGUCCAUACUAUAUGUACUGGUGCAUCAAAUACAUAAAGUUGCCAAUA